AUGAAAAUUUUGCUGGUUUUCGACUUUGACAAUACAAUCAUAGAUGACAAUAGUGACACCUGGAUUGUCCAGUGUGCUCCAGAGAAAAAGCUUCCUAUUGAACUACAAGACUCUUAUAAAAAAGGAUUUUGGACAGAAUUUAUGGGCAGAGUCUUUAAGUAUUUGGGAGAUGAAGGUGUAAGAGAAGAUGAAAUGAAAAGAGCAAUGAUAUCAAUGCCUUUUGCUCCAGGGAUGGUGGAACUUUUAAACUUUAUAAGAAAGAACAGGGAUAAAUUUGACUGCAUCAUUAUUUCAGAUUCAAACUCAGUCUUCAUAGAUUGGGUUUUAGAAGCUACCAAUUUUCUUGAUGUGUUUGAUAAAGUAUUUACAAAUCCAGCAGCUUUUGAUAGCAGUGGUCAUCUCACUGUGGGAAAUUAUCAUGCUCAUUCUUGCAAUAGGUGCCCCCAAAAUCUUUGCAAAAAUGUAGUUUUGGUAGAAUUUGUAGAUAAACAGUUAAAACAAGGAGUGAAUUAUACACAAAUUGUUUAUAUAGGUGAUGGCGGAAAUGAUGUCUGUCCAGUAACCUUUUUAAAGAAGAAUGAUGUUGCCAUGCCACGGAAAGGAUUUACUUUACAGAAAACUCUUUCUAGAAUGUCUCAAAAUCUUGAGCCUAUGGAAUCUUCUGUUGUAGUUUGGUCUUCAGGUGUUGAAAUAAUUUCUCACUUACAAAUCCUAAUAAAGGAGUAAUCUGCCAACAA